AUGUAUGAAACUUGGAUUUGGUUCCAGGUGUGCCCAGAUGGAAAGACCAUCGAAGCUGAAGCAGCCCAUGGUACAGUAACCCGCCAUUACCGGGUCCACCAGAGAGGAGGCGAAACAAGCACAAACAGCAUAGCUUCGAUCUUUGCAUGGUCACGAGGUCUUGCACACAGGGCAAAGUUAGAUGGCAAUGCCAGACUCUUAGAUUUUACAGAGAAACUUGAAGCAUCUUGCGUAGGAACUGUCGAAUCUGGGAAGAUGACCAAGGAUAUUGCACUCCUCAUCCAUGGCCCUAAGGUAACUUGGUCUCAGUAUCUGAAUGCCGAAGAAUUCAUUGACGCCGUGGCUGAUGAGUUGAGAGCUAGAUUGUCUAGCAGAGACAAAGUUGUAAUCUCCGUUUGGUUACAAGUACACGUUACCAUGCCCGGAAAUAAUUAG